GAACAUUAACGCGAUGAAUCUAUAUAGCGAGGAAAGUAUUUACAAGCAGGCAGGUACGAAUGCCUUCGUAUAAUCUAACGCGAUGCACUUUCACCCAGUUCGCUCGACGGUAGAGCCGUCUCUGCGGGAGACCGGGAAGAGACGCGCGUAUCUACGACGAAAGGCGAACGAAGUAAGGAGCGGCGAGGCAAGUGAAGCGAGGGAAAUGAGAAUGGAGAACACGGUGAGCGGCGACCGGUGGUGGUGCGGCACGCCGAACGAGCGAUCGGAGUGUGGAGAGGGGCGACGGCUCACCUACCUGCCGGUCGCGGGCUCAGUCGGUGUCCGCCAGGUUGAAAAUCCGUCCGUCUCUUCCUCGCCCUCUAACUGGCGCGUAACUGUAUAGUAAUACCGGUCAAGUUUCUUAGGGGAACAAACGCGUCCACCGAAAUAUAAUUUUCAUCGGGGGAUGUUCCUCUUCUUGAGCCGCUGAUCCCCAACAUCGCCGAUAUCGAUGAUCGCGCGGGGGUCCCUCGGUUUGUAAUUCUUCUUCGAUUACCAUAUCGGAGAUUCGGGAAAAUUUUCGUGUACGAGGGCACGAAAAUCUGUGUCUUUGUGAGUGGAAGAGUGAAGGAGGCGCACCGCUUACGUGCGUGCGCUGGCGCCUUUUUCCCGGCGCGCGUCUUUCUCUCUCUCUCUGUGCAUGUGUGUUUACGUAUAGUGUGAUUCGUGUUGACUGUGCAGGGUGCAACGACACGACGAGAAAGAAAGAGAGAGAGUAAGAGACAGCGAUUUCAAGUUUUCUUCUCACCGUCUACCGCUCCGAUUGCCUCCUUCGUAGACAUGCCCCUGCUUGACGGCCAACAAUUGCGGCAUUAGGUGACAUACAGGCGCACACGUGCACCAGUCAUGGCAAAAACAAUGACCCACUUGGUCUGGUGUUUGCUGUUGUGCGUGAUUUUACAUCUUCGGGACGCUCACGCCAAAGUUGGUUUAUGCGAGGUGGAAUCAGGACAAUCGAACAUCAUACUUGACAUCGAGGAGAGCAGAGGAAAUGCGAUCGAUCAGAGAACUAUACCGGAAGAAUUACCGGUGUCCGGUGACCCUUAUAACGAGACCAUGCUAGAGCUUAUCUUCCCAGGAAGAUCCCCGCCGCUUUUUAAAUUAAAUGGUAAAAAACUGCAGCUUCUCGAAUCAUUGGACAGAGAUGACGAAAAUCUGUCGCACGUGGUUUUUCAGUUGAGCUGCACGGUAAAGUCGACCAACAAGAAACGAACGAUUCCAGUGAUUGUGAGAGUGUCCGACAUUAAUGAUAAUGCGCCGAAAUUCAUUAACACCCCGUAUGAAACUACUGUGCCAGAACUCACUCCGGUCGGUUCGACGAUCUUCAAGAACGUCGACGCGGUCGACGCCGAUGCUGGUGUCAACGGCAUCGUCGAAUACUCGAUCGCACCGGGCGAUGGUAGCAGGAUCGGCAGCAACGAAGGCGUUGGACGCAAUAGGAUCACCACCGCCGACGGAUACGGUUAUUUCAGUAUCAACCUACCGCACCAGGGACAGGUCACGGUCAAUCGAACGCUCGACUACGAGAGGACCCAGCGUUAUCUCGUCACCAUCCUGGCCUCGGAUCGUGCGAGGAAUGUAUCCGAGAGAUUCACGUCCACGACCACGUUGACAGUGAAUAUACGGGACGGUGAUGAUCAGGAUCCGUCCUUUAUUUACCAAGGAUGCAUGCUUUUAGACGGUGCUUGCAUUAAUCCGGAAUAUUCCGCAUCGGUAUCGAGCGGAGUAUUAUCCGGCAUACUCAAUAUCUCGCCCGAGAAAAUCCAGGCAGUCGACAUGGACAGCAUAAACGCGCCGAUCUACUAUUCUUUCCUCAGCGGAAAUCCGCCAAAUUAUCGAGAUUUCUUCGAGAUCAAUCCUCAUACUGGGGCGGUGAAGCAAAUAAAAGCCGUCGACACGACGGUAACCAAGAAGUUUGAUAUAAUCAUUAAGGCGGUUGAAAUGUUAGAAGCGAAACGUUCGGCUACCGCGAAAUUAACAAUCACUGUCAAACCGGUUGACAGCAAUCCACCCGUUAUAACGGCGUCAAGUAUCGAAGGUUUCGUCGACGAGAACGCUCCGAUCGGCACAAAGGUCAUCGAUGAAAGCGAUAAUCCUAUUGUGCUCACCGUGUCGGAUGCUGAUCUGGGACCGGACGACCCGAAACCGGCGUAUACCUUCGAAUUAACUACGAAUUUCUUCGCGAUCGAUCCGUCCGGCGUUCUUGUCGUCAACGAGGAGAAUCUGGACCGAGAUCCCCCGAGUCCCGGCCGUUUCCGCUUUCAAGUAGUCGCCCGGGAAAAAACGGGUGUGGCCGCGUCGUCACCUCUGUCGUUUGUCGUGACGUUGAAUGAUGUUAAUGAUAAUGCGCCUCUGCUUCCCAUGAUGGCACCAAUCACCCUUCAAGCUGGAGAAACGAAAAAACAAGUGGCAAAGGUGGAAGCUACGGAUAAUGAUGAAGGAGAGAACGCUGAGAUAACGUACAGUAUCUAUCAUGUUUCGAACAACGGUUUGCACAAAUUCAAGAUAGAUCCAAAGACCGGAGUUAUCGAAUCCGUGAGGAAAUUGAACGCUGGCGAGCAAUAUAGCAUCACCGUGCAGGCCACUGACAAAGGUGGCAGGUAUUCACAGACGAUCGUCGAGGUGAACGUCAUUCCUGGACCCAACACCAGAAGCCCCGUGUUCCAGCAGCCGGUGUACGAAGUGCAAGUCAGCGAAGGGGCAUCCAUCAAUUCUACGGUUGCCACUAUCACUGCCAUUGACCCAGAAAACGAUCCGGUAUCGUAUUCGAUAGUAUCGGGGAAUGACUUGCGCCAGUUUGCAAUCGGCGACAAAUCAGGCGUUAUUACCGUUAUAAGGAAGCUGGAUAGGGAAGACUUGACCCGAUAUCAGUUGUUGAUAAAAGCUGAGGAUACCGGCGGUCUCUUCAGCACCGCGACUGUCAAUAUCAUGGUUACUGAUAUCAACGAUAAGAAUCCUGAAUUUAUGGAUCUCCCUUAUGAAUUUUCCGUCAAAGAAGGCGAAGCACGUAAAUUGAUCGGCCGUGUACACGCCGAAGAUGCCGAUGAAGGCAUCAACGCUGAGAUCACUUACUUUGCACCCGAUGACAUUCCUUUCAUUGUGGAUCCCGAAACUGGUGAUGUUCUGACAAAAAUAGUGUUGGAUUACGAGCAGAAUAAUGAAUAUAAAUUCGUGGUGACUGCGAGGGAUGGAGCCCCCGAUUAUCGCUUGGCAACUGCGACUGUCACAGUGAAAGUCAUAGAUGUCGAGGACGAGGUUCCACUCUUUCGCCAAAGCAGUUAUGAGGCACGUGUCAAGGAAAACGUGCCUGACUAUAAUGUGAUUCAAGUCACGGCCGAUGAUCCGGACACAAAGAAGCAAAUUACAUACAUGAUCAAGCAAGGAGAUACCGAACUCUUCAGCAUAGACCCGAAGACCGGAGUCAUAAAAACUAUUCGCGGUCUCGAUUACGAGAGCCAGAAUCAGCACGUUCUCAUAGUAGGAACCGAGGAGAACACCAGCGAUUUACCUGGCUCAACCACUCGCGUUGUUGUUAAUGUUCAGGACGUGAACGACAUUCCACCGGUAUUUACGUCGGUACCGCGUCCCAUUACACUGGACGACGAUGUUCCUAUAGGAACGACCGUGAUUAAUCUCACGGCUGCGGAUUCUGACGGAACAGCACCGGGGAAUCAGGUUCGAUACGAGAUUAUUGGCCGUGGUAUCGCUAGCAAGUAUUUCGUAAUCGAUCCCGACACCGGCGUACUUCGAAUACGAGACGACUUACGCAAAGAAACUGACUCCGAGUAUCAGGUUGACGUACGCGCAUACGAUAUGGGAGACCCGCAAUUGUCAUCCGUGACGACUGUGCCGGUCUAUGUACGUCACGUUGCAACAGUGCCGCCCGAAAUCGGUUUGGGCUUCGCCGAGAACUCGUACAACGUCGAAGUGCCCGAGGACGCUGGUGACAAUACGCUAAUAAAGAUAAUCACUAUCAUCAACAGUCACGCGCAUGACACUACGCCGCUCAGAUGCGAGAUUUAUAGCGGCAAUGAGGCCGGCCUGUUCGAAGCAAAUGUCACGGAGGAACGGAAUUGCGCGCUGAGGCUGAAAAAAGGCGCGUUGGAUUAUGAGACGACGGAGUCUUACCAGAUUAAGAUCAAGUUAGAAUCGCUCUCGGGCUUAUUAAGCUCUGGCAGAAAUACGACGAUGGUAAAAAUUCAAGUGCUGGAUGUAAACGACAACAAGCCAGAAUUUAUCUUCCCGGAGGUGAAUCAGAAGCUCACGAGGGGACGUUACUUUGCAGCGAUUCCGCGCACCGCGCAAUUCUCGUCUACCGUUAUACAAGUAAAGGCUCACGACAAGGACAACGGCAAGUUCGGUAAAUUGGAGUACAAGAUCCUGGAGGGACGGGGAUCCGAUCACUUUGCUAUCGACAGUUCCACCGGUAUAAUUAGAACGACGGUGACGUUCGAUCACGUUGAUUCAUCCGAGCUCCCCUUCAAAUUCGACGUUCGCGUGCGGGAUAAUCCCAACUCGACCGAUAAUUACAAUACGAUCGUUGCACCGGUAAUCGUUAAUCUGAUCGAAGAGGAGAAUCUCAUGAUCCUGGAGGUGCAGGACGCGUCGCCGGAUGCGCUGCAGAAGGAGGCCGGCAAGAUAGCGAAUAUAAUCGAGCAGAAGAGCGGCCUGCUGAUCGGCAUCGAUAGAGUCGCGGUGAGAAAAAUUCUGACGAAAAAAGACUCCGUGGAAACGUUCACGCAGGAUUCGGACGUGUGGUUCUACGCUGUCGACCCGGACACCGAGGUCAUACUCAGUAGAAACAGCACCACAGUGCAGAGAUCAAUUAUGGACAAGUCGGCCAUGUCGAAUAUCACAUUCGACGUAUCUACGCUAGUACGAGCGAACGCUAUCGACAUUCAUGCACCUGUAAUGCCAAUUGAACCGGUGCGAACACAAACCGCGGUCGCGUUCAGCGGCGAAGUAUUCCCAUACGCGCUGAUCAUCAUCGCUUGCGUAAUCCUGAUCCUCGGUAUUGCCGGCAUCAUCUACAUUUGCAUCUCUUGGUCCAAGUACAAAGCGUACAAGGAGCGUAUGCAACGCAUGUAUGUAAUGCCGCGUUAUGACCCCGUCUAUGUGGAACCGAAUUUGAAGGAGUACGAGACGCAGGUACUUCAAAUGAGCGUGCCGGUCGAUGACAACGACAGUUGCAAUGAUUUACAAUUGGACUUCAGCAACAAGAAUCACGCGUUCAGCCUAGACAACGUCAGUUACAUCACCAAAGAUCAUGGUGACAGUACUGGCCAGCAAAGUCCCGUUAGCUCCGAAGCGGCAACCACGGCGCGCGCAUCCAGUAUCGCAGGUAAUCACGGUGACACCAAUAUCCAUUCCUUAAGGCGAUCCACGUUGGGCCGAAAGAAUCACGGUGCGAGCAACACAAAUACCCUGAACAAUCGCGAUGCGACACCGGUACUUAAUCCUUUGUACAAUCACGGCGGAGAUCUGUUGAGCCCUAGUCCGUCCAACGACAACGUCACCUUCAGAGAGAGGAAGGAUUACUCGCAUCUCGGAUUUACGUAUCUGGGUGAGCAAAGCCCCGUAGAGACCACGACGGAGUUGUAAGUUAUAUGGCACAAUGACGUGCGAAUGCAGUUUUCAAACCAGCCACGCAUUGGCUUGAAAACUGUCACCGAAUUAAACGUAUUUGUCAAGAAAGAGACAAAAAUGAAUUAAUAUGACAUCGAUGUAAUUUUGAUAUCGUAUAUACAAGUAAGACUGUGAUGGACGUAAUAUUUUUUUACAUCAAAGUUUUAUCGAUAUACUGUAAAAUAUUAAAAUGCCUAAAAUCUCACAUCUCGCGUAGACAUCAUAUCGACAAACAUCAUUUCACAAUGCAUAUAAAAUAUACAAUUAUCUGUCUUUUUUGCAUGUGUAACAAAAAAGCGCUAGAAAAUUUAAUUUCGACAAAAUACGUAAUAUAUGACAUAUAACUAGAAAAUAGGAAUCAGAAAAAUUGGUAUCACGUAGCGCGUAUUUUUUGUGACAUGUAUAAUCUCAAGGCGCCAUAUGAAAAGCUCAUGGAAAAUAGUUAAGUAUAUAUAUAUAUAUAUAUAUAUAUAUAUAUUCUGCCCUUCAUAUGUCAUCUUUUGAAUGUGUAUCGAUACCUGCGUGCCGAUUCACACGACCGCGCAAAUGCAUCCGCAGAAUUCCCGGCGGAAUAUAUUCUGAACGAGUUAUUCUGCAUGUGGUAUCCAUAAAAGAGCAGCGUGAUGUAGCGUUCAGAUACAACGACAUGAAACGAGGCCGUGAAAAUGUCGCGCGUGUAAAAGGAACGAGCUAAAAGAGAGAUCGCGAGAAUAUCUUUCUACCGAUAUCUUUUGUCUGAUUUAUUUCCCGUCGUGAAUUGAAUUUUCGCAAGGCUAAAGCUGAGGCAAUAUGUUCCGCCAAUAAAUAGCGAGAUUACAAAUAAUCGCCACCGGGAUUGCAACGUAAAUUAUUAUUAUUAUUAUGACUGUGACUUUAAACGUAACGCGAGAAAGUUGGAUUAAUAGAGGUGCAUUAAUCAAGUCUUGACUAAUAACUUUGAAGAUGUUCCGUAUUCUGUAGAAAUUCAUGCGGACUAUUAUGCGCACGCGUACGUUUUAAUUUUAAAAAGAGAGAAGGGAGGAGAGAAGAAAAAGAAAGAGAGAAAAAUAACAAAACUAUGAUUGCAACCGUCCAAUGCGUAGAUUUAAGACGAAGACGAAGUUAUGAGUUUAUAUGAGUGUAUUUGUGAAUGCAUAUGUGCGAGUUCCAUCGACUCGUGAUCUUGUAAAUGGAUCGAUCCCGAUCACUUUGUACUAUAAUAUCUGUUUAUUUAUACAAUCGUGUUUGCUCAUGUCAUUCUAUUGUAUCAUAAUCACAAUUAACCGCGAUGACGAUUUAUAUCGUAAUGUUUUGUAUGUAUGUACGUAUAAAAAAGAAAUCGCAAGAACGCGUUUUAUUAAAUUUCGUAAAGUUUCAACAAUGACCAUCGCGCGCGCUUCCAUUGCGAUUAUUGCUCACUCUUGUUCACACGAUCGCGUCGACGGUCUCUAAUAAGCGACUGCCAUACAAGCGAGGUAAAAAAAAACCACUUCAUGACGUAAGUGGUAAAGUAUUUAAUCAGACACGCGUAACUGCCUAUUUCCUUGUACUUUUGACGACGCUACUUGACUUUGUUCGAUAUUAGGUUUAACAGAUCCGCGAAAAGAUGUCGGGUGAAACGGCGUCGAGUGGAAUUAAAUACGAUACGACUUGAUUGAAUGUAUAUCUCUAGUCGUAUAGCGGACGUCCACUGCUGUGGAAUUUAUAUAAGCUGUUUUGUAUUAAAAAAAAACAAACCAACAAACUUGUGUUAUAAGUGUUCUCCGAUUAUAGCGUUGGCAUCUUUUAGUCGUAGCUGUAUAAUAUUUAAGCGCAAAUUCUGUAAAAAUUGUUAAUA